AUGAUUUUCAGAUUGAUAGUGUUGUUCUUUACCCUCGCAGCCAUGGUGUUGUCUGUGUGGUCGUUGGUAGGAUCUCACAAGAAUGAGUCCUACCUUACUGACAAUUACCUUUUUGGAUUCCAGUUGUCCAACGUGAAUCUCUCCUCGAUUAUUCUGACUUCCAACAACAAGAGAGAACUUCUUGAUACGCCGUCGUUUGCUUUCGAGGAAUUAUUGAAGGAGCCAGUGUAUCAAGUGUUUGAUGAUGACUCAGAUACUCCAACUCCUACCACCAAUUUCGAUAGACGUGACAUUCUUGAAAGUUUGGCAUCUGCUGCUUCCGCUGCUGGACUAGCCACGUCUGACAUCCUAGGAUCACUUCAAAGUCAAACCUCGGGGGCUGCCAGCCUCUUGGGAUCGAUCACUUCUGGAGUAAACACCCAGUCUCUUUUUUCACAGUUCAAUGCGGCUACCGCAACUGGUGAUUAUAUGAGUGAUUUGCUCCUGCUUGCGUCUGCUGCAUCCAUUCCUGAUUCCAUUGUUACGUUGGCUGAAGCUCUCGAUGGUAACGUGGACGAAAUUGUCAGUGAAUUGGUUUCAUCUGUAAACAUCACCGACUUGGGUCUCGCAGAAUACUACUCGGUGGGAUAUUGGGGCUACUGUCGUGGAAGCAUCAAAGGCAGUGAGGCUUGGCUCAACAAAUUGGGGAAAUUUGGCAAGCAGUUCAGUAAUAAGGAUGUUAACUUUACAUAUUGCUCACCGCCAAAAGUGGGAUUCAAGUUUGAUCCGCUCGAGAUUUUGAAGCACGAGAUUACCAACCAGAUCAAGCAUACAGUGGACGGAGUUCCUGAUUUGCUUCAAAAUAUAUUGGGAGAAACCAUCGAAGCGCAGCUUCUAGCGUUGGUCAGUGCAGUGACAUAUGAUGAUUUGGGGCUUCCCGGAGACUUGAAGAAGUACUUGAAUCUCUUACAUCAGCUCACUGUGGCCUCUUUUGCACUUAUAUUGGCUGCUGCAUGUUUAGCGUUCAUUUCGUUUGUGUUCCAAGUCAUUGGUUUGUGCUGCUCUCCCGAUAAUUUCUGCCUCUCUUGUCUCAGCUUCAUGCUCAUGGUGCUCGUGUGUAUUGCCACACUUGUGGGGUCUGGUUUGAGUACUGGAGUGUACAUCUUUGUACGUCAGCAAGUGAACAACAACGUGAGACAAUACGGAGCUCAGGGUUGGCUUUCGAUACAAUAUUAUGCCUUCCUGUGGUCUGCUGCCGCUGCUUCGCUCUUCUUGGUUGUUUUUGCUUUCUUGGGCUAUUGUUGUGGAUGUUUCCACUCUGGGAAGAGAAGGUAUAGGCUGGUGAGAAAUGAACAGCCACAAAUGGGCUAUGUUCAUAAGGGAUAUUAA